AUAUUUCACAAACUGUGGGUUCAACAAAUUGCCUGGUGCACCAAAAUACAGUGCAAUCACAACCUGUAUCUGUAUUUCAUAAAAUCAACAGAAGACGAAUGCGUUUCCUCGCUCUCUGUCCGUCUGUGACUGUACUGACUGGGGUAUCAUGGAGGGAGUUGAGGUGGUGGGGGGGUUGUGUCUGCUGUUUUGUCUACGGUGCCGUAACAUCUUUUUUAACCAGUUACUUCCACACCACUUCUUUCAUUAUGCUGAUCUGUGAAGUGGAACGUAACGCUGGCUGAGUUGAGAGGUCAGGGGCUCCCGCUGCCUAGAUACAUACAGUCUAAUAUUAGAACAUUUCCUUGAUUUGUUAGCAGCAUCUCUGCUGACUCCUGAGCACAUGGCAACAGCUCGGCCAAUAGGAUUUCAGGAGACCACUAAGCCUCUCGCUCUGUAUAGCAACAGUGGCAUCCUUCCCUUAUUUAUUUAUAUAGGAGUUUUUUUUCCCACCGACUCAUUCUCAUGCUUCUGUCCCCCCACUGUGCAUCCACACUGUGCUCUCAAACUGUGAGAAAAAGAGUUACGGUGCGAAGAGUAGAGCUGCUUUUUACUUUUGCCUUUCCUUUCUCUGCACAAGCUCUAAAACCUACAUCAUUUUUAUAGAUUUUUUUUUCCAUACUUGUAUAUAUUUUUAUAGUGUUUUUAUACUAUACACAGAUCAGUGGAGUUUUUUUUUACACUUUGCAUGUAAAAGUAAAAACAAAGUGGGAAAUGUCUUGGAAAAGGCUUGAUUUUCAUGAAGACAUGACGUGUAUCGGUGAAGAGGAGAGGAAAUACCCAGAGGAAUGGCAUACUGGGAAAAUGUGGCACUCAGAGGGGACGGACAACAACCAAGUGGAGAGGACCUUUAAAAGAUGGACGACACAGGCGGAGAGGCAGUACGGGAUGGGAGGAGUGGGGGGGUGGAGGGACAUUGGAUGGCGUGAGGACCGAGGCCGGUGGUUGGUUUGAUCUGAGCCACGUGUGCGUCCAGCCACGUCUCUUCGCCGCUUCAUGGAUGUCGAUGAGACGUCGGCUUCCCCUGCCGCCCGGUCCCUUCUGUCUUGGCCCAGGUAGGUUUUCUGAUAUGAGAUGAUGCGCGAGUCCUUGAGGAAGAUAUCACACAGCCGUGCUUCACUCUCCAGUGGGUUUACAGCUCAAUAACUAGUGUCAAGGCGCCUAUGAAGCAGGCAGUCAGCUGUGCAGUAACAAACUGUGGUUGUUCUGGGUAGCUCCCAGCUAUGAAUCCCUUUAAGCGAAUGACUGUGAAGCAGAACAGAGAAAACUCCCACUGAGUACAUUAAAGUGAAAACGCAGGAUCUACUGGCAAUGUCAUCGCUGUGCUCUGAGAUGAGGUUAAACCGGGGGUUCAGGCUGAGAAACAUGCUCUACCUCCACAACACAGGGCAGCCUUGAAGUCCACACCGUCGCUCUCUCUAUCCUCAGCCAUGAGUGUAACCGUAAGCUGAUAGUAUGUGAUCAACAGCACCGUGGCACCUAACAUCCUGCUGCUUCCCCACCUCAAUAAAACCUAGCUGGACUAUUCAGUCUGUGUUAUGAAAAUGGCAGAAGAGGGUUUCCACCUCAGAGCUCUCGACUACGCAGAGGACGACGAGCUCCAGCCAGCUGACUUCCCGACGUCAUCGCUAGCAUCCCUCCAUCUCAGGGACGAGGCUGUGGUCAUCGACGAGAGCACCAACCAUAUGGGGGAUAAUCCUGAGCUUCAUUCUGUAUUUUCUGUGAUGACGUCAUCACCGCUUAACCAAUCACGACAGCAGACAGACAUAUCCAUGGCUACUAGGCCUGAGCCUUCACCAGCAGUUCAAGAGUUCUCGGAGCCUGAGAUGGGCCAAAGCGACAGCGAGGCUCAGUCUCGCACCCUGACAGCGUUCCUGCAGGACCUUUCCUCCCCUGUUGAUCAUGACGAUGUUUUUCCUGCACUAAGAACCAACAUCGUCAAGGAAGGAGAACCUCAACCCAAGAACAACAUAACCAAAGCGAUGGCAGCAUGUGAGUCCAGCUCUGAUGACAACCAUCUGUCUGAUGCAGAGUGGUACUGGGGAAAUACCACCAGAGAGGAAGUAAAUGAGAUGAUGAGAAACACUCCUGAUGGCACGUUCCUGGUCCGGGAUGCUUCCAGUAAGGUUACGGGGGAAUACACUCUCACUCUAAGGAAAGAAGGCUCCAACAGACUGAUAAAGAUCUUCCAUCAAGGGGGGAAGUACGGCUUUUCUGAACCACUGGCCUUUCCCUCUGUGGUGGAACUGAUCCAGUAUUACCAGAACAAGUCUUUGGCCCAGUACAACUCUAAACUGGACACACAGCUUCUCUACCCAAUAACCAGAUACCAGCAGCAGCAGGUUGUGAUGGAAGUUGACAUUGAUGCAGUUGGAGAACAGCUGAGGAUAUUUCACGAUCAAUACAGAGAGAAGAGCAAAGAGUAUGACCGUCUGUUUGAGACGUUUAACCAGACCUCCCAGGAGCUGCAAAGCAAACGGACAGCCAUCGAGGCUUUCAGUGAAAUCAUUCGGAUCUUUGAGGAGGAGUGUGAAACUCAGGAACGCUACAGCAAAGAAUACAUCGACAUGUUCCUCUCAUUAGACAGCAGCACAGAGUCAGACAAGAUUCAAAACAAUUCAGAUGAGCUGCAGUCGAGGGUGGAGGAGAUCCACAACAGCAAGAAGAAGUUGGAGGAAGAGCUGAGGAGGAAGGCGCUGGCUCACUUGGAGGUCGACAAGAAAAUGGACAACCUGAAGCCCGACCUCGUGCAGCUCAGGAAGAUCAGAGAUCAAUACCUGCUAUGGCUCACCCAGCAAGGCACUAGACAGAGCCAGAUUAAUGAUUGGCUGGGUAUCAGGAAUGAAGAAGAAGACCCGUACACUCUGGCAGAGGAUAGCGCCCAGGAGGAGAGGAGCUGGUACGUUGGUGGUAUGAGACGUAAGGAGGCAGAGGAGCUGCUGAGGGGGAGGAGGGACGGGACCUUCCUCAUCAGAGACAGCCAGACUCAGAGAGGCUCCUUUGCCUGCUCUGUUGUUGUGGAUGGGGAUGUGAAGCACUGUGUGAUCUACAGGACAUCCACGGGGUACGGCUUCGCUGAGCCCUACAACCUGUACCCAUCGCUGAGAGAGCUGGUCCUCCACUAUCGACACACAUCCCUGAUGCAGCACAACCAGCAGCUGAAUGUAACCCUGGCCUGGCCCGCUCUCAGCCCGCAGCCCAGCUGAGACACACCAGCACGCCAUCCUGAUGGCACUUUCCCAAAGCUUCACUGUAUUUGUACCACGCCAGCACCAUCAUGGACACUGUUGCCAGGCUCUAACAGAGUACCGGUUAGUGUCGUCACCAUACGAGAAUUUCCAGAAACAGUUUCAGUGCUCAGAUCUAAAAAUCCUACACUGGUAAGAUGUCACAGCAAAAAAAA